AUGUCGGAGUUUUGGCUAAUUUCUGCCCCUGGUGAUAAAGAAAAUCUGCAAGCACUGGAGAGGAUGAAUAUAGUAACCUCGAAAUCCAACCUGUCUUAUAACACCAAAUUUGCGAUUCCCGACUUCAAGGUGGGGACCUUGGACUCCCUCGUCGGCCUCUCUGAUGAACUGGGGAAACUUGAUACCUUUGCUGAAAGCCUCAUAAGGAGAAUGGCCCAGAGUGUGGUGGAAGUGAUGGAAGACGCCAAAGGCAAAGUUCAGGAGAACCUCCUGGCCAACGGAGUGGACCUGACGUCCUUUGUGACCCACUUUGAGUGGGACAUGGCCAAGUAUCCCGCGAAGCAGCCGAUGGUCAGCCUGGUGGAUAUUCUCGCCAAGCAACUGACCCAGAUCGACACGGAUCUGAAGUCCCGCACAGUCGCCUACAACACUCUGAAGACCAACCUGGAGAAUUUAGAGAAGAGAUCUAUGGGGAACCUCUUCACCCGCACUCUGUGUGACAUUGUGAACAAGGAAGACUUUGUACUGGACUCUGAGUAUCUCAUCACCCUCCUGGUCAUCGUCCCCAAACAGAGCUACACACAGUGGCAGAAAACCUACGAAUCCCUCUCAGACAUGGUGGUCCCUCGAUCAACCAAACUCAUUGCUGAGGAUGGUGAGGGCGGCCUCUUCACCGUGACGCUGUUUCGGAAAGUGAUCGAUGAUUUCAAAACCAAAGCCAAAGAGAACAAGUUCACUGUGCGUGAGUUUUUCUAUGAUGAGAAUGAAAUUAAGAGGGAAAGGGAGGAGAUGGCCCGCCUGCUGUCGGAUAAGAAGCAACAGUAUCAAAAUUCCUGUGUUGCUCUUAAAAAGGGAUCAUCCACCUACCCGGACCACAAGGUUAAGGUAACCCCGCUAGGGAACCCUGAUAGGCCCGCUGCGGGGCAGAGCGACAGAGAGAGAGAGAGUGAGGGCGAGGGUGAGGGCCCUUUGCUGCGCUGGCUCAAGGUGAACUUCAGCGAGGCCUUUAUUGCCUGGAUCCACAUCAAGGCGCUGCGGGUGUUUGUGGAGUCUGUGCUCAGGUAUGGCCUCCCAGUGAAUUUCCAGGCUGUGCUCCUCCAGCCUCACAAAAAAUCCUCUACUAAGCGCCUCCGAGAGGUUCUGAACUCCGUCUUCAAACAUCUGGAUGAAGUUGCAGCCGCAAGCAUCUUGGAUGCAUCUGUGGAGAUUCCUGGAUUGCAACUCAACAAUCAAGACUAUUUUCCUUACGUCUACUUUCACAUUGACCUUCAUCUUCUGGACUAG